CCAUAUUGAACCAUUCCAAUAUUAAACUGCGAAGGAUCUCGUGCUCUCUUGCCCCGAAAUCCACCUCCCCCCUCCCCUCCUUUCGUUGAACGCUUCACUGUUGCGCCGCCCGACGCCCCCCAUGGCUUCCCCCGAUCUCGAGGCCGCCACUGCCCUCAAGGUGCAGGGGAAUAAGGCCUUCGCUGAACAUGAGUGGCCUACUGCUAUAGAUUUCUACACUAGAGCCAUUGAGAAGUAUGAUAAGGAGCCGUCGUUCUUUAGUAACCGUGCUCAGGCACAUAUCAAGCUCGAGGCGUAUGGAUUUGCGAUCGCUGAUGCCUCCAAGGCACUGGAGCUUGACUCCAACUAUGUCAAGGUUCGUUGGAUGCUGCUGCUGCUUGUUGUUGUUGUUCGCCUCUCUGACUCAUUCACCUACUAUCGAUAGGCCUACUGGCGCCGAGCCCUUGCGAACUCCGCUAUUCUGCACUACAAGGAAGCC